AUGCAUUCGUUACUCACACCCGUUGUCUUCGCCUCCACGGCAUACGGUCUUGUUGCCGGCACCACGACCAGAACAUACACCACCAACUCCGAGAGUUUCACGGCCAUCCAAGGCACAAAGUCAUUGCUCUUUGAGCAGUCCUCAUCCAACAUUACAGUCCCUUAUGCGGAAAAGACAACGUUCCGAGGCUACACUUUGACCGUCGAUUCGAGUGGAAGCGUACACUUUGUAUCUUCAGCUCCCGCCAGCUCGAGUGUGCAUGUGCCUUCUUAUCCGGCCCCGGCCAGCUCGCAUGCCAUCUCGAGUUCUGCCACUUCAUCAAUACCGGCUGCGGGAAGUUCGAGCUCUGCAGCACCUGGUGCAUCCUCCGGGCAAUCAAGUGGAGUAGGCUCGAGCCAUUCCUUCCUUGCCGUCUCCCAAACGCCCAGCGCAUCAUCGACUGGCAGCAUACCCGUCUAUCCAUCUGGUCAAUCAUCUUCCCAACCCUCGCUCUCUUCGAGUGGUUCACCAUCAUCGAGCAGUGUCGGUCCAGCAUCUGGGUCGAGUGUCUCAGCUUCGAGCCACUCUUCGGAGGUCGUCUCACAAGCACCCAGCGGAUCUUCGUCUGGCAGCGUCCCAGUCUACCCGUCUGGACGACCUUCGUCGCAAUCGUCACAAUCUUCCAGAGGCUCUCCAGAAUCCAGUACUGCUGGGCCGUCUUCUGGAUCAAGCGCACCUGCCUCGUCCUCGCAGUCUGCCUCAGGUUCUGAGAGCUCGUCUCAGCAACCAGCAAGCUCGAAAUCCGCUCAAGCACCAUCAUCGCAGACUUAUGGCAGCGCUUCCGGCGGAGCAAGCUCUGCUUCCCAGAGUGGCGUGCAUUCCGGAUCUGCGCCAUCGGGGUCUGGUUCUUCCAGCUCCACCCCCUCCGGAUCAGGAUCUUUCACCUCCGGCAUUGUCUACUCUGGAUCUGCGGCUUCAGGAUACAUGCCAACUGGGUCUACCUCUUCUGCGGUUGCAUCCAGCAGUGGGUCAUCAGCCCUCUUCCCUUCCAUCCCUGCUUCGAGUAGCUAUGGCGGCAUUGGAAAUUCUUCGUCCAUAGUGGCAAGUUCGGCGUCUUCGGGUGGUUCACUGCCUGCAUCGAGUGGAUCGGGUUCGAUGUCCGCAUCUGCUUCUGUGUCAGACUCUGCCUCGGUGUCUAGAUCAGCUUCGGCAUCGCAGAGCGGAAGUGCGAGCGCAAGUGCAAGCAUCAGCGCCUCCGUUUCUGGCUCUGCUUCGUCGGUGUCGGCGUCAGCACCAUACAGUGGCAGUUCGAGCAACAGCGUGUCAGCUUCUGGCUAUGCGUCGUCCAUGUCUGCACAGCCUGGGUCUUCACUCUCCUCUCUGGCGCCAUCAUCGGCUGUUGUGUCCUCAUCCACAGGUGCUGGGUAUACUUCAGUCUCAGUCGCUCCCAACCCGUCGAUCACGAUUGCACCGACUGGCACUGCAGCCUCUUCUUCUCAGAGUGCGCUCCAGACACACCUCUCCAGCGUCUUCCCCAUCAUCCAAGGCUGGCUUGACGAUGACUCGGAGGAUCCUCAGCCAGUCAUCGACACUCUCAACGAGAUGAAGGACGACAUCGAAGACCUGCUGUCCGAACUCGACCGCGGCAAUGAUGAUAACGACGGCGGAUGUACGUCGUCGCUCUUCUCAAUCUUCAGCUGUAUCGGUGCUACUGUCACGAGCAUCACUGGCGGAAUCGAGGGUGCCAUUACCGGAACAAUCACCAGCGAAGUCAUCAACACCAUCACCUCCGAGUUGGAACAUCUUCAAGAACUUACCGACCAGAUCGACGAGGCACAGGAGAAUGAAGAGGAUGACGACGAUGAUGAUGAUGACGAUCAAAGCAGUUCCCAGUCUCAAAGUCAGUCCAGCAGUGCCAGCCAGUCCUGCAGCGAAGCUGUGAAGGAACACUCUUACGUGACCUGCUCCCCUUCACCCAUCACCAUCGAUAGUACUGUCUCGCACACAACUGUUUGCGAAACGUCCACAGAGACCAUCACUGGUUGCAGUGCGUCGAACUCCGCUAGCACAACGACACUUUCCGUCAGCUCGAGCUCAAUGGAAGGGCCGGAGGCCACCCCGGACUUCGCAAGUGACGACGGCGACCUGCCUGAAGUCUACGGGUUCCUGGAUGGUGCUAUGGCGUGCGCAACGGUUUUCAAGCUGCCCUUCCCUACGGACUGCCCGGGGUACGCCGCCUCCGCCUCCGCCUCUGCAUCAUCUGCAUCUGCUUCUUCGUCGGCCUCUUUCUCGGCAUCGUUCUCAUCUUCGAUGUCGUUCUCCGCGUCUGCUUCCGCCUCAUCGUCGGCAUCAUUCUCUGGCCCAGCAUCUGUGUCGGCGUCAGCAAGCGCUUCGCUCAGCAGUAGUAUCGUUCCCAGCUCAUCGGCAUCAGACUCAGAAUCCUUCAGCUCUUCUCUGAUCGCCUCCUCCUCGGUCAUCGUUCCUAGCUACCCAAGCAUGUCAUCUUCUGCCUUGCCUGGCUCUUCAUCUGGGUCCUCCCUAAGCUACUUUGGCACCUCCGCCUCAAGCUUCGUUAGCUCGUCAGCCUUACCCGCCCCAUCCUCUGGCUCGUACAUCAGCAGUUUCCCUGGAUCCUCCGUCGCACCGGCCAGCUCUUCUUUGCCACUUUCUGGAUCGUUCAGCCUCUCCGGCUCCUACUAUCCUGUCAGCAGUGGCUUUUUCUCUGGCUCGUUCUUCAGCAGUUAUUUCUCAAGCUUCCCGAUCUCCAGCGCUCCCCUGGCAAGCUCUUUGCCAUACUCGAGUUAUGCCAGCUUCUCCUCUGGCUUACCUGUGAGCUCGGCUGCGCCUGAGCCAACCGAGCCAACCGAGGGUGACGACGAUGAUGACGAGCCGCCGCCGCCGCCUUACCAGACCGGCACCUGCAACUUCCACAUGUUUGAGGGCUCUCUCGGGACUGGCCUGCCCGUUUACGUAGGUCUGGACAUCAACGAUGGCGCCGGAAACCUCCUGAGCCACACUGAGUACGAUGCCGAGUGGGAGGAUGUGCUUACCGUCUCUGGCGACGAAUCGAAGCUGCCUUGGGAUGUUUCCAUUUCGUUAACGACCGACAGCUCCCUCGACAAGCGCUCAGCGCAAACAUCUCGCCACGGAGCUUACCUGAAGGCUUUGCGCCAGCGAGAUGCUGAGCUCGCGGAGAUCCUUCGAAGAGACCCAUUUGCCUGCAUUCCAAAGAGAGAAGCAUCUCCGCUCCCACAAGGUUGUGGCGGUGCCGGUACCCUGCCACCGGACCCCUAUGAAGGCUGGGAAAUCUCUUUCCAAGCUGGCGACGCUGCUUGGUCGACCGAAGACACCGACGACGCCAACAUCCCGUACUGCUCUGUUGGAGGGUGGGACAACGCGGACUUUGGCGACUUCUUAGAUAUGCUCACAUCACUGGGCGAGAUCCAGAAGAUGCCAAAUCGGCAGAUGGACUGUUACUUUCCGUGCUAG